CAAACAACAACAAGACAACUUCCGCCCGAUCUUUACGGACAAGAUACCGAUAGCAUUCUCAUUUAAUUGGUUUAGUAAUUAAUAGGUUAUUACAUAUCUGCGAUUAAUGGAUCAAUAAACAUUAGUUUGACGGUACGUCUCAGUACCAUUUAUUUCCUUAUUGUGGAUAACUGGUAACUGGAAGUCACUGCACUGCGGAUACUGUCUUCCAUAAGGUUGAGGAUGAGCGACGGUGAGGUGUUUCAUGAGAAACAGAGACUGGAGCUGUGCGCCAUCCAUGCCUUGAACAACGUUCUUCAGGAGAGAGUUUUCACCAAGGAGACGGCAGAUGACAUCUGCAAGAGGCUUGCCCCACAAUGUGUGAUGAAUCCACACCGCUCAGUGUUAGGCACUGGAAACUAUGAUGUGAACGUGAUUAUGUCUGCUUUGCAGAGUCGGGGACUUGCUGCUGUAUGGUGGGACAAGCGCAGGUCAGUACAGAAUAUGUGCCUGGACAAAAUUCAAGGCUUCAUUUUGAAUGUACCAUCAAGGGUGUCACUGGGAAUUGUGUCUCUCCCACUGAGACGCAGACACUGGCUGGCGGUACGAGAAGUCAAUGGACAGUACUAUAACCUAGACUCCAAGUUAAAGGGGCCUGCCUGUAUUGGAGGAGAAACAGAACUCAGGUCAUUUCUCAUUGAACAGCUUUCUCAGGAUGUUGCUGAGAUGCUUCUUGUUGUCCAAAAGGAUGUAGAAGAUGAUGGGACAUGGCUGAAACCAGAUAACCCCAAGAAGUGAUUUCUCAAUACUAGACAUUCUCUCUCUCAUUGUUGAGCCAAGUAAUUGUGAAAUCUUUAUAUAUGAGCUGUGGAGAGCAGCACCACAGGAAGAUUGCGGAUAGUGUGCUUACGUUCAUUCACAGAUACUCAAACACAAAGGGAAGUCUGAGAGAAUGCCCAUAGUGUUUAAUUAAAGGGACAUCUUGCCUAAUAUGGAGCUAAUUAUUUGAACUCACACUGACUGUGUUGUUGUGGGAAGACACUACUAUAGCUGUGCCAACUGCUUCAUUCUCUCUCUACUUCUUCUCUGUCUAUUUAGCUCUUUCUCCACUCAGGAACUAUGAUUUCUCACUUUAUCUUUAUCUAUGCACUCACUGCUGAAGUAGAUCAAAGAUUUGUGUCUUUGUUACAACUAUGCACAGAAAUGGUACUCUAAAGUUACCCAAAGUGGCAUUUAUCAUUCAUUGCCUUUUAGACGUCAGUGUACAUCUUACUAUGCAUAUACAAAAGAGAUAAGAGACUUUAUCUCUCUAAUGCCUAUGUAUUCUACUCUUUCAGGCUCUUUCUCAAACUGCCUUGUUCACAUCAACUCAGUGAAAACUGCCAAAUCGUGGGGAAAAAAUUACAUUUGAUUUGUGUUAUUUAUCAGAAUUUUUGCUACUCCUUUAAAUGUUUUUGCUUGAGUAGUGUUUGUGGUAUUAUAGUAAAUAGAAGAGCUAUUUGAAACUAGUUGUUUGCCUGGUCUUACUUUUGUGUAAUUUCAUCUACACUGUUUUUUUCAUCUGAGCAGUUGCUUUCAUCUAACAGAGCUUAACAGUCUGAUUCUGAAGGUAAAAAUCCUGUUCAGUUUCUCCAUAGGUGAAUAGAUUUUUAACAAUAACUUAUAAACCUUUAAAGACAUACCUAGCAUGAGCUCUGAGGUUGUUGUUAUAUGCUUCUGUUGAAGACAUCAAUCAAUGUUAUUUCAACUUUAUUGUUUCAAAAUCAUGUUUAACAGUGGAAUUGUGCUCCAAACAGGCACUGUAGGUCCACCCACUCCCAUGACGCACUGUAAAUGACCCAAUCGAGUCGGUCUCACUACACGCUUAAAAUACAUACACUGGCAGCCAAAGGUUUGGAAUAAUGUACAGAUUUUGCUCUUAUGGAAAGAAAUUGGUACUUUUAUUCACCAAAGUGGCAUUCAACUGAUCACAAUCUAUAGUCAGGACAUUAAUAAUGUGAAAAAUUACUAUUACAAUUUGACAAAAUAAAUGUUCAGAACUUCUUAAACUACUUCAAAGAGUUCUCAUCAAAAAAUCCUCCACGUGCAGCAAUGACAGCUUUGCAGAUCCUUGGUAUUCUAACUGUCAGUUUGUCCAGAUUCUCAGGUGACAUUUCUCCCCACACUUCCUGUUGCACUUGUCAUAGAUGUGGUCAUGUCGGGCACUUCUCACACAUCUUAGUCUAGCUGAUCCCACAAAACCUCAAUGGGGUUAAGAUCCAUAACACUCAUUUCUUUUUGUUUUCUGUUUUAAAAGUGGCUUUUUCUUUGCAAUUCUUCCCUUAAGGCCUGCACCCCUGAGUCUUCUCUUUAUUGUUGUACAUGAAACUGGUGUUGAGCAGGAAGAAUUCAUUGAAGCUGUCAACUGAGGACAUGUGAGGCAUCUAUUUCUCAAACUAGAGACUCUGAUGUACAUAUCCUCUAGUUUAGUUUUACAUCUGGCCUUCCACAUCUCUUUCUGUCUGAAAUCUUCAUAAAAGAUUUUUGGCAAUUUCAAACAUUGCAUAGACUUCAUUCCUCAAAACAAUAAUUGACUGAUGAGUUUGUAGUGAAAGCUGUUUCUUUUUUGUCCAUUUUUGAUCUAAUAUUUACCUUGACAUGCCACAGUCUAUUGCAUACUGUGGCAACAAAAAAAUAUAUAAUGGCAAGUGACUGUACUUUAUGAUCAGCUGAAUGCCACUUUGGUGAAUUAAAGUACCUAUUUCCUUCCAAAACAGCAAAAUCUGUUAAUUAUUCCAAACUUUGGGCUGCCAGUCUAUAUAUUUCCAAAUAUCUAAAUAUUUUGAAUUAAAGUUAAAAUAUAUUGUUUAUGUACUUUAACCCAACAACUUAAAAUCAAUAGUUUUAUAUGUUUGCGUUGUUUUUAUUUAAUUACAUCAUUUGCAGUGCUUCAUUGGAUUGUAGUGCAUGCCUUUAUUGAAGUAUACAGUUUUAUACUUUUGGUUUGUUGACCAUUUUUCAAAUAUUUUUUGCUUCAAAUCAAAGUUUGUAAUGUUGUGUUUUACUUCAGAGCUGGUUGGUUUGGUUCAUGGCUCAGAACUCUUUUAUUAAGGAUUUUAUGAAAUCCCUAGGGAAGAAAUGUAUGGCAAAAAUACUUCCAGAACCCAGGCUGCUGAAAAAGUGGGUGUGUUUUGUUGCGCUGUAAUACUAAUGUUUGUUGAUUAAUGUUUUUUUUGUUUGUUUUUUUUACAGGAUUUUAAUAUAAGCUUGCACUUGAUGAUUAAGUCCACCAAGCUGUUAAAUUAAAUAUCAUCUAGCAAUCCAGAUAAGUAAGAAUAUAAUUAGUGAUAGGCCGUUAAAUUGGCCAAUCUGGUUUUUAACUGUGCCUGACUUGCCAUUUACAGAAGUGGUCAUUACAUUUCAAAAAAUCUGCUGAGAUUUUGUUGUUUUCAAAUAUACACAAAAUUACAUUCAGUAACUUUUGACUUUGUGUCAUCUUGAACUUAUGUUGAAACCUAGCGGCUUGGAUAAUUUAAAAUCAACAGUUAAGUUUCAGAUGCCAUCGUAGAAAUGUAGUAUUCACAGUCAGCCAUGAUUACUUUAAUCAAUGAGUGAAAGUGUGAAAUAACAGGACGUUUACUGAAAUUAAGUGAGUAGUAUCGGCUGAUCAUAUGAUCCUAACAUGGCAGCCCCCAUGUGUGGACACUCUCCAUGUAGAAUAAAACAGCUUUUAUAGAUUACUGAUAUGACUGGAGUCUUCCUUUUAAUGUGAGUGGUCAUGAUUUCCUACAUAUAUUGAAAAAUUACAAAUUAUGUCUUUAGGAGUAACAUUUUUAAUGAGGAAAAAAUUAUGGAGUGCACCUUUAAACAGUCUUUCUAGUAGGGACGGGUGGAUUGAUCCUAAAGUAUUGAUACUUCCAAUACUGAUGUUGUAUCAGAAAUAUUGAUACUCAUACAAAAAUAUAAAUUCUAAUUGUUUAUUUUUUUAAAGGAGAGGUAC